AAAAAGAAAAACAGGUGCUGAAAUAUCUGAUGGAGAGAGAGAGUGGCGUCAACUUAAAGCUCUCCUGUCUUUAUAUUAAACCCUCUUACACUUUGCCGCUGUCUCUCUGCAGUGUGCGGAGAAACUCUUGGCAGACAAAUAAUUAAAUCAAAUGGCUUUACCUAAUCAACAGACUGUUGAUUAUCCGAGCUUCAAGCUUGUGAUUGUUGGUGAUGGAGGAACUGGGAAAACAACAUUUGUGAAGAGGCAUCUCACUGGUGAAUUUGAGAAGAAAUAUGAACCAACCAUUGGCGUUGAAGUGCACCCACUGGACUUCUUCACAAAUUGUGGGAAAAUUCGAUUUUACUGCUGGGAUACUGCAGGGCAAGAGAAAUUUGGUGGCCUUAGAGAUGGUUACUACAUUCAUGGGCAAUGUGCAAUAAUUAUGUUUGAUGUUACUGCCCGGUUGACCUACAAGAAUGUGCCCACAUGGCACAGAGAUCUUUGCCGUGUCUGUGAAAAUAUACCCAUUGUUCUUUGCGGAAACAAGGUUGAUGUGAAGAACAGGCAGGUUAAGGCAAAGCAGGUUACAUUCCACAGGAAGAAAAAUCUUCAGUACUAUGAGAUAUCCGCUAAAAGUAACUACAAUUUUGAGAAACCUUUCUUGUACCUUGCCAGGAAGCUUGCGGGGGAUCCCAAUCUCCAUUUUGUGGAGUCUCCUGCACUCGCUCCUCCAGAAGUACACAUAGACAUGGCUGCACAACAACAGCAUGAGGCUGAGCUUGUGGCAGCGGCUAGUCAACCCCUCCCGGAUGACGAUGAUGAUGCAUUUGAGUAAAGGGUUUGAACUGGAGAGGCUCCUGACUUUCUGAAUUCUUUUUUUGGGCCGUUCACUUUGCCAGGCAUUGUCUUAUUCCCAAAUUUUGAACAUUAAUUAUAGGAUUUUGCAUAUUAUAGUUGGGUGCAUGUAUCAGUGAAUGUAUCAGUGACCAUAGACGGUAGAAGUCAUGAACUUCUAACCAUUGUUGUUAUAUGGUUGUGUUUGUUUUGUUCUUA